UCAUCCCUCCAGAUGGAACCUCUGGUCAUGAGCUAGCUGUCCUCACACAGCAGACAAAAGAGCCACUCCCACACCCCUGGAUUUCUAGCUUCUUCACAGCCUCAUUCCUAUCUGAAGCCAAGAUGGCCUGGUCCUCUUCCUCCUCUGCCUCCUCCCUCCUCGUCCUCCUCUUUCGUCUGCUCACCCUCUUCCAGCUGCCCCAGCCCACACCGGCCCCCUGCCGGACGGCCACCCGUUCGGAGUGCCGCCAACAACAGGACUUUGUGCCAGGCUGGAAUCUGGCCGGGGAGGGUGUGGAUGUCACCACCCUCCGCCGAACGGGCUACUUCCCUGUGAAUACCCACAGAUUUGAGCGUCCGGAUGGCACCUGUACCCUGUGCCACAAUGAUCUUCAGGAGGGCAAGCUCCAGCGUCUUCCCUUGGCCAUCACGGACUGGCACAGCCAGGGUGCUGAGUGCAAUCGGGACAUAGCCAAGAACGAGGCCACCUCUGUUGUGGAAGUGGCUGCUGAGGCGGCCAAGAAGAUCCAGAAUGACUGGAAGGUGGGCCUGGAAGUCGUGCCCAAGCCAGGCGUCAAUGUCCAAAUGUCUGUGGCUGGGGCCCAUUCUGAGGCAGCGAACUUUGCAGCCGCAAAGACCCACAAGGACAAGUAUAGCUUCACCAUCGAAUCGGUGCGGUGUCUUUACUACAGAUUCCACCUGGUAGAGAAACCCCCCCUGAAUCAAGAGUUCCUUCAGGCUGUUAAGGCUCUGCCCCACAAGUUCAACACAUCCACUAGUGCCGACUACCAUCGGUUCAUCUCCAAUUACGGCACCCACUUUCUCAAGUCCGUGAAGCUAGGGGGGAGGGCCACAGAUAUCACUGCCCUUCGUACCUGCGAGUUGGCUCUGGAUGGGCUCAAGGCCAACGACGUGAGCACCUGCCUCCAAGUGGAGGCAGCCGUGACUGUGGGUAAGGCCAUUGCCUCUUCAGAUGUCAAGAAGUGUGAGGAGGAGAUGAAGAAACACAACAUUCGGGGCUCCUUCCACAACACCUACAGCGAACGCAAAGUGGAGGUGGAAGGAGGGAGUGUGAGCGGGGGCACAUCUGAACUGCUCUUCUCAGAUCAGGAUGGGGUUGAGAAGUUCUCAGAAUGGAUGAACACACUCCCCAGUAAGCCCGGACUGUUGGCCUAUACCCUGGAGCCCCUGCACUUCCUCCUGGUACCCAAGAAUCCCUGGAGGGAGGAGCUAAGGCAGGCUGUGAGCCACUAUGUGAACAGCAGGGCGAGGUGGCAGAAUUGUAACAAGCCGUGCCCUCCAGGGCAGAAGAAAAACCCCAAGGAUCCGUGCCACUGUGUGUGCCAAGCAUCCACCUUCACCAAUGGUGACUGCUGUCCCAGGGAGAGGGGGCUGGCCCAUCUAGAGGUAACUAACAUCAGUGCCAGGCACCUGGGGGGAGAUUACAUCACAGCCACUGAUGCCUACAUCAAGGCCUUCUUUGGAAACAAGGAGCUGAGGACCCCUGUGGUGUGGAACAACAACAAUCCCACGUGGAAGAUGAAGCUGGACUUUGGGACCAUGCAGCUGACGACUGGGGGACCCUUGAGGAUACAGGUGUGGGAUGCAGACCACGGCUGGGAUGAUGACCUUCUGGGCUCUUGUGACCAUUCACCAGUGGCAGGAGGACAAUGGGAGAAUUGUCACUUCAAUCAUGGUGCCCUGAGGUUCCAUUACCAAGUGACGUGCUCUCCCCAUCUCACAGGGAACAAAUGUCUGGACUAUGCCCCUCGUGGAGCUCUUGGGGAGCCAGCAGGAAAUCGGAGUGGAGCUGUGUGGUAAAAGACCCAAGAAGAGGGUAAAUGGCAGGGAGAGGGUUGUUUUCCAGCCAUAAUAGACUAGAAAGCUGUGUGGUACAAUGGGGGAGGAGUGAGUCUGGAGUGAGAGGAGACCUGGGUUCACAGGUUCUUUUCCUUACUACUUGAGUUACUUUGAACAAAUCACUUAACCUCUCUGAGUCUGAGUUUCCUCAUUUUUGGAAUGAGUGUGUUGGACCAGAUGAUUUCUAAGGUCCUAUACAGCCUUGCAUUCAGUAUUUUACUUCUUUAAUAAUCCUAAUCAUCUAUUUUAACAUAAAAUUUUAUCCUCCAAUUAAGCCUCAUCCAAUCCAGAUCCUGGUAGGAUGGCAAUGGGGGGGGGCAGGUCUUCCUUUGAGAGAGCAGCAAAAUAGAUUCUACUGGAAUGGGUAAUCCCCAUUGGAAAGGGGUGAGCUUAUGCUAAGACCAGAACCCUGCACAUUUGGGUUAGAAAAUAGGAGGAAGGGGCAGCUAGGUGGCACAGUGGAUAAAGCACCAGCCCUGGAUUCAGGAGGACCUGAGUUCAAAUCUGGCCUCAGAUACUUGACACUUACUAGCUGUGUGACCCUGGGCAAGUCACUUAACCCCAAUUGCCUCACAAAAAAAAAUAGGAGGAAGAUCAAAUGCUCAUUCAGAGCCAUACCUAGGAAUUUUUGUGCCCAGAGCAAGCCCCAGAAAGUAUGACUUCAUUCAAUGGGGCACUGCAUACCCAUGGAGCAGAAUGGGGAGCAGGGAGGGUGCUCGCUACCUAGUAUCUUCCUGUUUUAGUGAAUUAUUCUAGCUAACUGGACACUAAGCACCGUUGCUUUUAAGGCUAAAGGACAUCAAGGGCUUUCUGCAUUCUUUAAAGUUGCGGUCCUUGGCCAAUGCUCCAGUUACCCUGCUCUGAUUAUAGCUGAUAUCUAUUUGGCUCAUUACUUUUUUGGCCUUGAAUAAUUAAUUAGCCACUCCAUUGAAUGUAAGUUUCUCAAGAUCAGGGACUGUUUUAUUUUUUGUCUCUGUGUACCCAGCUCCUAAAACAAUGCCUAGCACAGAGUAGGUGCUUUAAAAUGUUUUUGACCCAUUGAUUGACUUGCCUGAACACACCCAAAACAAUAGCAUUGUCACAGUUUCUGAUUCCUCUGCUUUCAAGAGACAUUCCGUUCAAUCAACAUUUUUUUCAGUACCUACUAAGUGCACCAAAACAGUGCCUGCUCCAGAAAAAAACAAAACUCACUGGCAUUGAGAGGUCAUACAUGCAACCCCCCUGCCUCCACACCUAAACCAUUUCAAGCGAUUGCAUAUCAGAGAUUACCAGCACCGGAAAUGGACUCCUAGACCAUCUAAUCCAAAGCAUGUCUCACAACAUUCCUGAAAAUCGGGCAUUCAUCCUUUGCUUAAAAACCUCCAGUGAGACAAUCAUGAAAAUCUAAACAAGAAUAAACUAACUGCUUCUGCUCUAAUAUGAGGAGAUGAUCCACAUGUCCCUUCUAAGCCCUAUUAUCACCAGGGGUCACAGAGGGAAUCCAUUUAGACAGAAAGACUGGGAAUAGUUCUACCGUGCCUUGAUAAACUUCAAAGAAGAGUGGAAAGGGAGGGAAAGGGAAAGGCAGGUUAGGGAGAAUCAUCUUCCAUUAUCAAGAGUGAGAAAGUAGAAGUUCAUAGAAACAAAACGGAGGAGAGGCUGAUAACUUGAAUCUCACUGCAUCUGAACGGACCGCAAGAGGAAAGAUUGAUAUGUUUUCCUUAUGUUAAAGCAAGCCUGCAUUCUUCAUGUAAAUCCCACUUGUUCACCACAUAUAAUCUCUGUGCUAUA